UACGCAAUAAAGCGAGCACACUUUUUGUCUUGAAAAGCAGGCAGCGGAGGCGUCGGGACUCGGAAGCCUGUCUACGAGAUUCAUCGCGAGAUCUGGUUUCCUCUCGUGCCCGAUCGAUUCCUUCGUCUUCGAUCUCCGAUUCCUCCCUCACACUGCCGGCCGCCUAGGGAAGGCGGAUGGCCGACGGCCGCGACGGCGCUGCUUCCUCCUCUUCCUCCUCUUUUGACAAGGCCACUGGCCCUCAAGGUAACACUGCCACCUCCGCUGCUGCUCCAUCAAUUUUGGAUGGUGCCUUCCUCCUGAAUCUCCUGCAGAAGACGCCUCAAACCUCUCGACCAUCGGUCUCCGCUCCCCAGCACUACAUCGACCCUGCCGUCGCGGCCGUAGGGCCUAGCCACUCGUUCCUCCCCAACGAGAUCUUUCGCCCUCCUCCGCCGGGCCACUUUUCGGAGCACCUUCUUUUUCCUUCUCCUCCUUUAUCCUUGCCUCCGGGCCUUUUCCCUCCAGGGUUCCCUGCCCCCGGCAGCGACGAUGUUAGUGGCGCUGCGAAUCUGGGGAACCGCCCUUUCUUUCCUUUUGAUCACCAAAGAUUAGGCUUUUCUGCGGGAGGCGUCCAUCCUUUGGCUGGUCCCCGUCAAAGGAAUGAUCUUGCUCAAAAUCAUGGACAGUCGCUGAGUGAUAGUGUUCUUGCUGAGCAUAUGGUGGCAGCCAGACAGAAUUCAGUUCUUCAGGGUCCAAAUGACAGGAGUUCUGCACGUGCCCCGCUGGGGUUUCACAAGUUACAAGGAAGUGUCAGUGUGGUCGGUACUGGAUCUGUGAACCGUAGUUUUAUUGAUGGCAGGGCGAUAAGAGACCGUGAAAAAGUGCAAGCAGAGAGGUCAAACGGGCCUUCUCAUAGGAAUAACACUGGGGUUGCGACGCCGUCCACAAUGAAGACUGGGCAAAGGAGGCAGACAGAUCACACUCACCACCAACAAGAGGGGGGAAACCAUUUGGACGCUUCUAUGGUAGGAAUCCGUAGUCAGAGGCACAACGAUCAUGCUUCUCAUCCACUCACGGCAGACGCUCAAGGAAGAUCUGUAUCAUCUGGAAAUACUCGAGAUAAGUAUAUCCAUUCUCUCAACCUGAGGGAACAGACGAAUCACACAUUCUCUGAGCUUAGUUUUGAUAGCACCACACCUAAUUUUGGAGGAAAGGAUACAGAGCAACCUCAUCAGGAUACAGAGCAUGAGGUUGUUGAGGAAGAAACUAGCAUGCAGAAGUUGGAGAUCGAGGACAACUAUUCUGAAAUAAAAACUUCUGGUGAAGAGGGACUAGAGGUGUCUACUGAAGUCAAAAAGACGGUGGCACCUAUUAGUAGUUCAAGGUCGAAGGAUGUAAGGUUAGACUUGCAUAGGGGAAAUCAUAUAUUAAGUCAGAGAAUGAGGAUUCAGAAAAGGGCGGUUCGAUGUCGUCGUGACAUUGAUGCAUUGAGUCCAAGUUUUCUUUCAAUUUUUGAGUCUCUUGUACCUGCAGAGGAAGAAAAAGCCAAACAGAAACAGUUAUUCCAGUUACUACAGAAUUUGGUGAAUAGAAAAUGGCCAAAUGCUAAGCUGUAUCUUUAUGGAUCAUGUGCCAACACUUUUGGCUUCUCGAAAAGUGACAUUGAUGUUUGCCUUGCCAUUGAUGAUCAAGACUUGAACAAAUCUGAUUUUCUGUUGGAGUUGGCUGAUAUACUAGUGUCUGGUAACCUGCAAAAUGUCCAGGCACUAACUCAUGCUAGGGUUCCUAUAGUGAAGUUAAUGGACCCAAUUACUGGUCUUUCAUGUGAUAUUUGUGUGAAUAACCUUUUAGCAGUUGUUAACACAAAGCUCCUGAAAGAUUAUGCACAGGUUGAUAUUAGAUUACGUCAAUUGGUUUUUAUUGUGAAACAUUGGGCCAAAUCUCGCCGUGUCAAUGAAACAUAUCAAGGGACACUUUCUAGUUAUGCGUAUGUGCUAAUGUGCAUCCACUUUCUACAACUACGAAGACCUGCAAUUCUUCCUUGUUUGCAGGCAAUGAAUGUAACUUACAACACUACCGUGGAGAAUACCAAUUGCGCUUACUUUGAUCAAGUUGAAAGGCUCCGUGAAUUUGGUGUCAGGAAUAAAGAAAGUAUUGCAAGAUUGCUAUGGUCGUUCUUCCAAUAUUGGGCAUAUCAUCAUGAUUAUACAAACGAUGUUAUAUCUAUUCGCACAGGAAGCUUCAUCAGUAAAGAAGCAAAGGACUGGACAAGACGAAUUGGAAAUGACCGUCACCUAAUAUGCAUCGAGGACCCAUUCAACAUCUCACACGACCUUGGCCGUGUCGUCGACAAGUACACUAUCAAAAUCCUAAGGGAGGAGUUUGAACGAGCCGCUGAGAUAAUGCAAUACGAUCCAACUCCCAGCACCACCCUUUUCCAGCUUUAUGUACCCGGAUCCCCGCAAAGGUAAAUCGACUGGAGUUUGGCGAAUGGCAUCAAGCACCAAAAGCUAGCUUUGUAUAUUUUCUUCUUUAGGAAGCUUUGUGCAUAGACCGUACUGCUCUAUGGUUUUUCGCAUUCUUGUAAAUUAAUUGCCAGGCAGAGCUCAAGCGUUAUUAUUAAUUUAUUACUACAAUUUUGAUUGUUGUUCUUCGAUCACAAUUAACAUGAGAAAUGAGUGUUUAAACUCAUUCUUGACUUCAAUUAUUUAUCUUUGAUCU